CUGGGGCGCCGCCGCUCCGCCCCUGUCCCCGGAAGCGGGAGAUUGAAGCGCUGAGGCCGAAACUACUUAUCUCGAGAUGGAAGAGCCACUGGAUGAUAAAUUGCCAUCUUUGUGCCAUACUCCAAAGGAUUCUGGGACAGCACCUCCACAGAGGACUAGUUCAGGGAAACAGCCAAUGAGUGCAGCUCUGAGGGAGAGAUUAAGGAAAACAAGGCGUUCAUUUAAUGCUAAUUUUACGGUACCAAAGCGUCUCAAAAUAGACACUGAAGAAAAAGACUGUGCUGAUACCGCCAAAGGGUGCCUGCCAGAGGCAAGUACAGGUUGUUCCAGAUUACAGGACAGUUCUAAAAACCCAGAAGAAAAAGGCAUUGAACACACAUGUUUCAAAAGUCCUUUACAGGAGAGCAGUCUCUGUGGAUCAGCAGAGAAUUCAGAUGUGCAACAGGCUGAUCUUAGCCAGGAACAGUCUCUGGAGGAAAAAUCAAGGCUGGUAAAGCAAGUGCAAGAGAAGGAAGAAUUACUUCGAAGGCUCAAGCUGGUAAAGAUGUAUCGAUCCAAGAGCAACCUGUCUGAACUGCAGGCUUUGAUAGCGAAAUGGAGAAGUGGUACCCAGCUGAUGCUAUACGAGCUGCAGUCAGCCUUUUCUACAGAUGGCAAGAAAGUGAGUCUCACGCAGCUGAUAGAUACUUUUGGAUUAGAAGACCAGCUAUUGCACUACAGCAGAACAGAAGAAGAUUUUGUGGAUGCAUAAUCUGCAAGUUGAAAGCUUUUAAUUAUGUGCAACAGCAGAAAAGACUGAAUUCUGACACACAAGAUGUGUUGAUCAAACAAUGGACUUUAUGCUUGAGGUUAGGAGGUUUUCUCAGGAGGUCCUUAUAAAGCUCAGUACUUAGAUACAACAGGCACUGUAAAAGGCAUUACUUAAUGGAAGAGAUCAAAUUGAUGUUUUGGAAAGCCUGACUUGAUAAUAGAUUAGAAAAUUGCUAUUUAAUAAAAAUUAAAAUGAAAUUAAGUCAUACUUUAACAGGUAGAAGGCAAUCUGUUCUUUGAUCAGUCUUUCCAGGGUUACUUGUCUUGAACUAAUGAACUCUAAUUGUUGUUUCUAUUGAUGUUCAGAUAGGGCAGAGUUCAGUGCUUUGUUCACAGAUACAUCCUCAUUUUACAAAUGUCUUCCUGCAGUUAAUGAGAGCAUUUUGCAAGUUAAAUAAAGAUAACUAAUUUUCAUGGUGUUAAUAUUCUGAAGCUGCAAGAGAUGGUCUUGAUAUCUUUAGUUAUUACUGAGGGAAAUGUGCUAUAAUGCAACCAUUUUAAGGUAUUGAUCCAGCCUGUUGUCUUUAGGGAAACUGUCUCGAGCAUUCUGCCACAGCCUAAGCUAAUAGAAAGGAAGGCAAGAAAAUUACAGCCAGGUUCUGUCUACUCUGCUACUUCACAUGAGAGCCAAGGUGUUUUGUCACUUCAAAUAAGUAAGAAAAACAAGGCCUUGUAUAAUGGGAAUCC